UCUGGUUUUUUCAAUCAAUCAUCAUAUCUAUAAUAGACACUGAAAUUCCAGUCUGAGUCUGAAAUUUUUCGACUAAAUAUAAAACACUACCAAGCUCAGCUCAGAAUGGCUCAGUUCGUCCGAACAUCCAAUCCUGGAAGGAAGACGUUUGAUCAAGUUAAAUGAAAUGAAUUUAAUUACAAGUUUAAUAGUAUCGGCACUAGCAACCCUGUGUCACACUAUGUAUACAGAAAAACAACAGAAACUAUUAAAUGAUAUCGCUGAAGAAUGUGCUGCAAAGUUGGAUAUGGAACUAACCUAUGAUUACAUGCAACGAUUCAUAUAUAGCGGAGAUCUUCCGGAUGAUGCGAUGUCGAAGAAAUUUAUCAUUUGUACCCAGAAAAAAAUAGUGGAGAUGGAUGCUGACGGAAAGAUACAAAGUCAAAAAAUCAUCGACAAUUUUGCCGACAAUCACGAUAUUCGGGCAUUGACAGAGGUCAUUUUGAAAUGUUCCAGCGUAGAGGGAGAUACCGUCGAAGAAAAGGUGUAUAAUUUUUACAAGUGCUUAUGGAUUGAGAAAAAUUUUGAUCUGUGAAACAGCUGGUUCUUACAAAACAAAAUGCUUCUGGGAAGGUUCUCAAAUAGUAAAUGAAUCUAACUAAAUCAUAUGUGU